AUGCUGCGCUCCUCGAUUCUCCAGAGCCGGCAAUUGCUGUCGUCGCCCAUUCGCCAGCGGACAGCGUCGCAAUGGCUGUCUAGAGCUGGAGCCAGCAACCGGCUCUCCGGUCAGAGAUUCUUCGCCGACGAAAAGUCCCCUACCCCCGCUUCUCCCUCAUCCGAGUCGACCGUCCCUCCAGAGAAUGUUGCCAAGGCAGAACAAGGAUCUCACGUCCCCCCGGCUCCCCCAACUCCCAAGACUGGACGUUUCCGUCGAUUCCUGUUGUACUUGAUUCUCACAUCCGGAUUUGCCUAUGGUGGAGGUAUCUUUUUGGCUUUGAAGUCGGACAACUUCCACGACUUCUUCACAGAGUACGUGCCUUACGGAGAGGAAUGUGUUCUCUACUUUGAGGAGCAGGACUUCUACCGCCGAUUCCCGAAUGCCUCCAAGCACCAACACCGGAUUCAGUCUACACCAAAGGAUGCAGGCAGGCAUGUCACCAUCCCGAGCAAUAGUGGUCUUUUUUCGAAGGUCACAGAGGAGGAGGAUGCUGGAGCCGAUGUUUCGCAAAAGGGUCCUCACAUGAGUGCUGUCCAUGAUGCUCAGGUGAAGCCCGCCGGCGCCAAGGCUGAAGAGAGGGCUGCCGCCGUCGGAAAGGCCAAGAGCGACAAGGCUACUAAGGAGCAGAAGGCCAAGGAUGAGAAGAAGAAGCCCGCCGCUCCCAUCCCUACUAUCGAGCUUGCGCAAGUGCAGGAGGGAGGUGAAGCUAUUGUUCAAGACUUGGUCAAGACCUUCAACGACAUUGUCACAGUCAUUAGCGCCGAUGAGGACUCCGGCAAGUACUCUUCUUCCAUCGCGAAGGCUAAGGAGGAAGUCCAGAAAAUUGGCGAGAAGAUUGUGGCAGUCCGCGAAGAGGCCCGCAAGGCUGCCCAGAACGAACUCACAAAGGUGCACGCGACUUUCGACGAGUCUGCACGUGAGCUGAUCCGCCGCUUCGAGGACUCUCGCUCUGCGGACGCUGCUCAGUACCGUGAAGAGUUCGAGGUCGAGCGGGAGAGGCUGGCCCGUGCCUACCAGGACAAGAUCCAGACCGAAUUGCAAAGAGCCCAGCAAAUCGCGGAACAGCGCCUGCAGAAUGAACUCGUCGAGCAGGCUAUUGAGCUCAACCGCAAGUACUUGCAUAACAUUCAGGACUUGGUUGAGAAGGAGCGCGAAGGGCGUCUCAGCAAGCUAAACGAGCUGACCACCAGCGUUAACGACCUCGAGAAGCUCACCACCGACUGGAGGGAGGUCAUCGACUCGAACCUCAAGACCCAGCAGCUCCAGGUUGCUGUGGACGCGGUGCGCUCUGUCCUUGAGCGCUCUGAGGUUCCCCGGCCAUUCAUUCGUGAGCUUGUUGCCGUCAAGGAGUUGGCCACUGAUGACCACGUUGUUGAGGCAGCCAUCGCGUCCAUCAACCCCACCGCCUACCAGCGCGGUAUCCCCUCCACUUCUCAGCUGAUCGAGCGGUUCCGCCGUGUUGCUUCUGAGGUCCGCAAGGCCAGCCUUCUGCCUGAGGAUGCUGGUAUCGCCAGCCACGCUGCCAGCGUUGUCUUGAGCAAGGUCAUGUUCAAGAAGGAUGCCGUGGCCGAUGGCGAUGGCGUUGAGAGUGUUCUCAUGCGGACUGAGACUCUCUUGGAGGAGGGCAAUGUUGACUCUGCCGCCCGUGAGAUGAACUCUCUCCAGGGAUGGGCAAGAAUCUUGAGCAAGGAUUGGCUGGCAGAUGCGCGCCGGGUUCUUGAGGUGAAGCAAGCUUUGGAGGUUAUUGAGACUGAGGCACGACUCCAGUGUCUGAGAGUGGAAUAG